AUGGAUAAGGUUUACGAGCAAGCGUUCAACAAGCAGAGGGUGGAGGAACGUAAGAGCAACGAAGGCAAAGAGAAAGAAGACAGCACGGAGGACAGCACCCGAGGGAGUUUGUCUCGUCCCGCACGUGAUUCCAAGAAGAGGAAGGGCCCGCCUUCCGGUGACCAAGGGUACACCUAAAUCUCGCUCGAAGCGCAGAUCUGCAAAUGAACGUUCCGUCCCAUAUCAUGCAUUUUGUGCUCCGCGAUGCAACAGAAUGGACUCAGAAACUAGAGAAAUACAUCCCCCCCGGGGGGAACUCAUGGAAAAACUGGUAUCCCGGGGGGAAAUUGAAAUACCCGAGGGAAGUUUUUCUUUUGGUCAAAAACGAUCUACCCCGAGGCCGGUCGCCCCGGUGGUCUAGUGGUAACCUCGUAACCCGCUGGACGCAGAGGUCGUGAGUUCAAAUCCCCAUGGAGUGAGAACCUCGCUGCAUUUGCGGGUGGAAGCGAAAUAUAGUUGAAAAGCUCUCGUGAGUACCUGACAUCGACGUUAGCACCGUUGACGAGGGAAAGGGAUGGGGGGACCCUUCUCGCGAUAAAAUGACAACUCAGCACGCACUGCACGAGGAAGGUGGGGCAUGAAAAGAAAUAAAAAGAAGAGAAAAGCCCUGGUGUUUACCCCCUCCUGUGCGACCCUGAAUGGUUGUAGUUGUACGAAAAAAUACACUGGGAAGUGUAGUAUCGCUGAAAAAGUGUAGCACACGUCUCACCACGAAAAUGGGGGGACUGUCGCCAUAAUAAAUAGGACGAAAACACACACAACACACACACAAAGAGAGUGGGGGAAGCGGCGGUGGGGGGGAAUAAACCGCGACCGGGAACUGCUGUAGAAGCGAGUAGGGCGGCCGAGGCAGCGCUUGUGGCGAACUAUGUACCCGGGUGAUGUUUUUGCGCCCUGUUUCCCUCCCUGCUGUAUGCUAUGCUCCUUUAUGUAUGUCCCUUGCAUUGCCUUCGGCCUCUGUGCUGUGUUUCUUUUUUUUCAUGUCCUCCCUGACUACUCUGCUUUGUUGGGUACCUUGAUAUCGCUAUUGCUGUUGCCUUUGUUUUUGUACAUCUGGCUGUCUACCCAUCUGCCGCCUCUUUGUCCUGUUUGCUCCGUUACUCCCAUGCCCUGGUGCGUAGUGCCUGGUGCUGGUACGUUACCCUUUGAUUUUUUAUUUAGGCGGGCGGGUGUGGGAAACGUCCUCCUUUGAUUUUGUUUUUGUUUUAUUUUGAUCGGUUUCCGAGGGCUCUUUUCUCGAACGGUCGGUGCGGUACCUGUUCUUUCUUUCUUCAUCAUUUUGUUU